AUGGCUGGAUCCUGGCUUUUGGCACCGCUUCUGCUGGCACAGGCCCUUGCCAGUCCGGAUUCCGCCCCGGAUGGUGGCCACCUGGGCAAGCUCAUCUUCAAGGACAUCGCUGACGACCAGAAGGUUGUGAAGGAGGUGGAGGCGAUCGCCAAGCGCUUCAUUUGCUGGGAUAACAGCAAGUGCCUGCACAGCUUCAAAGCCCGCUAUCAAGGCACGCGACGUUUGCUCGGUCCUCUUGCAUUGACUUCGUACGGCGACAUGGUGAAGGUGGGGAUUGUCACCCAGCCGGCUACCACGACCACGGAAGCACCGGAAACAACAACCACAGAAGAGCCGGAAGCACCGAAGAGUUACUACGGCAGUUGGAAGAAGAAGUGGUGGUCCUGGAAGAAGGGGUACUCCGGCUACCCACAGGCGACCACCAACCUCGUUCAGGACGGCUCGUCGGACACCGUACAUUUCAUGCAGAUCGACAAGAACGGCAGCCACAAGGACCU